AUGAAGCCAAUGGCCGCUGUCCGAGACUAUACGAUCGGGGACCGAGUCAUUCUCGCGAAGGGUACGGUUAUGCCAGCCGCCGAUCUGGCCAUCUUCGCAGCUGCCAUCAUCUCUUGGGAUCGUCAUGAAGAGUGGAAGAGGGGUGAUCCGCGGCGCGAAGAAAGCGGCCAAGUGACGGAGGAGCUGGUUAAGCGCGUCUCGUUUCCGCGAUGA